UGAAGAGCUUUGGAGGGCGGGACGGAAUGGGGACUAAUCAAAGAUUGGAGUUUCUGGCCCGUGGCACUUUGGUACAGCUUUUCCCCAAAUUUCUUUGUGUUUUUUCUUUCUUUUUCAUUCGUCCCCUAAAAGUCUUCCUAGGAAGAAUCUCUUUGAGAGAUUCUGAGGCUGUUCUGCGACCCGGACAAGACAUUUACAAGAAAAGGCUCCUCUGGUUAAAAAGGGCUCCCAGGAGGGGUGGACUAUAUAUCUCCAGCAGGGGCUGGCGAGGUAAGCGAUCCUUUCCACCUCCAAAAGCCCUCGAGAGUUCUACGAGGAUCUCUGCUGCCCCGGAGACCGAUUUCCAUCUUCAGCUCUGCGCAUUUCUGCUGCUUCGCCUGUUCUACCUUUCUUUAGAGAGCUAUAACCUCCUGUAGUGGCCAGUGAAUCAUUCUCGGGGAUGUUUAAAAGAAGCACUCACGACUUUGAAAAAGGAAGGGCUGUAACCCUUUAAGGAUUUCCCUGAGAUGGAUUCAGCGAUCAGUUUAAAAAUGCCAACUCACAGAGUGCGUUGCAUUCUGGGAACGAGAAUGUCAAGCCGAGAACUACCUAUACCAGUAUGCACUGCAAACACACACUCCUUUACUUCUUGCUCUUUGGACUCUGGUUUGACGUAGCGCUCCUCUAACCAAAUCCCUUAGGCAAGGGUUGAGCCACGCCUUUUCAUCUAUUGGCUAGCUCUCGAGUUGGUGGGCGUGGCUUAUCGCAGCUCCGCUAGGCAAAGGGGUGGCCUCCUUGCCAAUCGAGCCAAAAUGACUGGGGAGGCGGGACCAGGGAGAAGUGCGGGCGCCCCCGAGUGGGUGUGGUCACGUUGCCCAGCAGUGGGCGGUGAUUGGCCCUGGGCGGUGCGAUCACGGCUUGUGCGUCACGACGCCGCCAGCUGAUCGGAGACUGGAGCCGGUGUGUGCUGGGCGCUGGAGAGAGACAGCUACGCCGGGCGUGAGGAGCGGACGCAGUGAUAUGCUUCCCAACCUCAGCAGCCCCCACACCCAGCACCAGGAGCCUGUACCUCCCAUAUAUCCUCACCUGGCUGAGCCGCAGUAGUUCUUCAGUGGCAAGCUUUAUGUCCUGACCCAGCUAAAGCUGCCAGUUGAAGAACUGUUGCCCUCUGCCCCUGGCUUCGAGGAGGAAGAGAAGGAGGAGCUGCUUUCCCUUUAUCAGGAGGAAGAGAAGGGAAGUGUGUGAGACUCAGCUCAGGUUUGGACAGGCAGGAAAUUCUCCCUUUCAGCAACCAAGGGAGAUGUGUUGUGGAAUGUGACCUCCUUUUGGACACCGAGCAGUAUAAACCACCUCCAGCUUGAGAUCCAUUCUCACUCUUGACAUGGUGUGAUUUGGUCUUAUCUCAGUCUCCAUAAUAAAUGGUGACCAAGUUCAGGGGCUAUAGGAAGCUGUUACCUCUGAUGGGAGAUGUUGCAGGGAGCUGUAUCCCAUUCUCCACUUAUGAGAACCUGAAAGCCAUAGAGGAAAGUAGGGGGAAAAAAAGAUCAUUGAAUGCAGCCUUCCUGCAGCCUGAGCCAAGGGUAGGAUGUGUGUGGAACUGUGGUAGAGGGAGGUGGGUAAAUGGAGUCUACUCAUCGGUUGCAACAAAGAUUGCUGUGUCCUUGGACAUCGCCUCCGUCCUUUCUUCCCCUCCCUGCUUCACUGGCCACAGGGUGUCUCUCCAGCCCUGAUUAUGUGGCUCUGCCAUCUUCACCCUUCAUGGAGCAGAGAUGAGGAAGUCAACCUGCAGCACAGAAGCAGGCAGAAGACCAGGAAAGGACCAGGCCUGGGAGCACAGGGCCCGCUCUGUGCAUGCAGAGACGGGCCCAUAAAGGCCUGAGGCACCCCAGGAGGAGAGAGAACAGCCAGCCCCCAUCAGAGAUGAGCUUCCAGUGACCUGCUGCUCCACUCACCAUUUCUCUCCAGUCCCGCCUAAUUCAGGGAUUUGAGAUCAGAGCGAAGUGUCCAACAUCUUUCACCCUCCUUCCACCUCUUCCCUAGCUACUGUGUAAUUUUUAUAUCAGCAGCCUCAAAGAACAUGAGCCAGAUGUGAAAGGACAUACACAACAGCUUCAUUUAAAAAGUUUCAGUGGGUGAAACUGUUAAACAAACCAUAUUCUUCAUUAGUAAUUAAAAGAAAGCAGAUACCACUGAUGUCUCCCUUAGCAGCCUGUACCUGAAAUAAUACUCAGUGUUGAAAAAAGAGCACUGUCAUGCAUUGCGUAUGGGAAUAUAAACUGCUACAGCCUUUUGGAUGGAGGUUCAGCAAUACAUAUUAAAUGUGCCAAAAGGUUCCAUGUCCUUUGGCCUAGUAAUUCUGUGUUUGGGAAUUCAUCCUUAAAAAAAAUGAAGAAUUUAGUUGUAAAAUGUUUAUUCCUGGAUUGCAACAGAGAAAAAUGGAAAACAACUGUUUGGUUGGGAAUUCAUUUCUUUUCUGCUGUAAUGAAAAUUUGCAAUGGGGGAUUGCUUAAGUAAAUUACUGUAUAGCUAUCCAGAUGGUGGAGUACUGCACAGCCAUGGAGAAGACUUGAAAGAAAAUUGCUCUUUGAAUAUUAAAGAGGCUAUAAAAAUAGUUUGUAUUAUGUGAUCCAGUUUUUAAACAAAAUUUGCCUUUUAAAAAAUGACUUGACUACUUGUAUAUACCGAAUAGAUUUUAAAACAAGCUGAAGAUUUACUAAAACGUGUCAUUAAACCAGGCGUGGAGCGCUUGGAAGGCUGAGGCAGGAGGAUCACUGCAAGUUCAAGGCCAGCCUGGGCUACAAAAGUAGUUCAGAGCCAGCCUGAACUACACAAUAAGAUUCUGUCUCAAAAUAAGUAAGUAAAAAUUUAAAGUGUCAUUAUGGUUUUCUUUGGAUGCCGAAAUAAAACCAUGAUAGUUUCUUGCUUUAGUUUUUCUGUAAUUUCCAAAUUUUCUACAUUGAUUGUAUAUUGGUCCUAUACAAUAAAUGUAAAGUGUCAGUGUAAUGUUUCAAUCCUUUGGGUAGGUGGGUAUAGAAGGAAGGAUGCAUCUAGCCCUUGGUGAGAAUGUUUGGCUGGGGUGCUAACCAAAAAUGUUUUUGGUUUGGUUUGAUUUGGUGCUUGGAACCAAAACAAGAAAAAAAGUGGGUGGGGAUUCUGGGGGUUGCAUCUCCAACAUGGGAGCUGCUGUUCCUUUUGGAAGGAGCUAUGUAAGGCAGCAGGACUCCUGAAAGGCGAAGCAAGUACUGUACCACUGGGCUGUAUCCCUGACCCUGUGAACGUCUUUCUCUCUCGUCUCAUUCUCUCUCUCCUCUCUCUCUCUCUCUCUCUCCUUUUAAAAUCAACAUAGUUACUGUGACUACUCAUUGAAAUUCUCAAGAUGAGCUGGAUGUUGCAACAGCUGCUCUCUUGGGUCUAGGUGUCACUUCUUCCCAGGGCCCAGGCAUGAAUCUGUGAUGCCCCAUUUUUAAGGGGCCUUAUUCACCCAGUCCUGAUGGUGCUUCCUACUGUAGCCCUGGCAUCCCAGUUACACUUCACCUUGUGCUUGGCAGAGAAGCCACAUUUCCUGUAGGAAGGCGGGGUUCACUAUAUUAAUACAGUGUUGACCAAACGAUACUCCCUUCUGCUGCCAGGACUAAAGAACUGUGCACUUCAUCAGGAGUGGCCAUGAUCUGUCGCAAUAUACAGAAAGCAAGCAGCUCUUGCUGGUUGUGGGGCAACUGGAGAACUGUGGAGUGGAUUAAGAAGGAAGGAAAAGAGUAAAAACCUGUCACCAUUCAAAGGAUGAGGGAUUGGGGAGGGUUUUCCUCUCCAAGGCUGAAGAGUUUAGAGCCCCAACAGUCGUGCUGCUGAGAACACUACAGGUCCUUGUUUUCACUUCUGGCUCUGCCCCAGACUUGAGGUGACCCUGUGUCACUUCUUACCCUUAUUGGGUAAGGAGGAGGAGGUAUUUGAUUCACCCAACAGGUACAAAACCUUAAGGGAAAGUGGUUUUUCAAGACUAGUCAGUAGCUUCUCUUACCCCUCCCCUCCCUACUAAGGAUCACCGUUGGGGGGGGGGCGUUGAAAAAGGGAUGUUUCCGUUGCGGGGAUUUAGCUCAGUGCCUGGCAAGUGCGAGGUGGUGAGUUCCAUACCUGUAUCAAAACAAGAAAAAAAGGGGUGGGGGUCCUGAGGAUUGUAUCUCCAACAUGGGAGCUGCUGUUCCUUUUGGAAGGAACUAUGUAGGACUCCUGAAAGGCGUUCCUUUUGGAAGGAGCUAUGCAGGACUCCUGAAAGGCGAAAGGGUGUCUCCAAAAGGUGAGGUGCCCUUACGGAUGACAGUAAGUGAAAGGCGAGGCCCUGCGGUGGCUAGGUUCAGGCUCCAGGGUUGCCAAGGCACUGAGUAGGCGAGUAGCGAGAGAUAACCAAUAGGUGAGAGACCGCGAAGCAGGCAGGAGAAGGUGAAAGUUGGCGGGGCGGGGCCCCAGAAGUGUCGGCGACCAUCUCUGGAAUUCCCCCGGGCUUGGGACCCAUGGCGUUGGAGAAAAUCCCUACUGACAUCCCAGAAGGAUCCUGGUUACACGGCUUGGUGGUGCCCUAGAGCCCCCAAGCCACUAUCACCAGCUGGGGCCGGCCUUGAUCGGUUGUCGUGGCUCCAUGGGCGGUGGCCCCACGGCUGCUCCAAUCACUGCCCAGCUGAGGACGGGGGCGUGGACAAGCCAGCAAAGAUACAGCAGAUGCCGGAGGCAGCUGGGCGCGGGAGCCUAAGGAUCCACCCCCGCCUGCGAAGCAGGUCCCCGACUCCGCGCGGGUGUUCGCCCAGGGCUCGGGGCCGAGGAGACCAUCCAGACCCGGCUCACUCACCAGGCCAUGGCGCCCACGGAGCUCCUGGCCACCGGCGCCUCUUUUGCUGCGUUCCGGGGUCUACACUGGGGGCUGAAGCUGUUGCCCACGCCGGGAUCUACGGCUCACGACCGCUGGAAGUGGCGGAACCACUGUGUCUCCCUGAUGCACAGCCUGCUCACCGCUGCCGGGUCGCUGCUGGGGCUGUCACUGUACCCUCAGAUGACCUCAGACCCAAUUCAUGGUCACCCAUUUUGGGCCCUGGUGCUGGUGGCAGUGUCUGCCGGGUAUUUCCUGGCUGAUAGCGCUGAUCUGCUGUGGAACCAAACCUUGGGCCAGACUUGGGACCUUCUCUGUCAUCAUCUAGUGGUGGUGUGCUGCUUCGGUUUUGUUAUCCUGUCUGGCCACUAUGUGGGCUUCUCCGUGAUAUCUCUGCUGGUGGAAGUGAACUCCGUCUGCUUGCAUCUGCGAAUCCUGCUGCUGAAUUCUCAUCAAGUCCCCUCCAUGGCCUUCAGUGUGACCAGUUUGGCCUCCCUGACUACUCUGGUCCUCUUCCGUCUGGUACCACUGGGAUGGCUGAGUCUCUGGAUUCUCCGACAGCACCACCAGAUCCCUCCUGCUCUGAUCAUUCUUAGUGGAAUUGGGCUGGUCACUGUGGGUGCCAUUUCCAUCAAAAUAGGUCUCCAAGUUUUGAUCCGUGAUGUUCUUCAGCCCCAGCCCCACCCGUCUGUCCUUAAACGCAAGGAGACCAGAAGAACCAGGACAUAUUGCGAUGAGCCUAUUGUUAGGGAUGGGUCCACUCUGAACUUGAAAAACUAGAGAGAAGGGGCAGAUUUGCCCUCUGCCAACCCUGUUGGGUGGACUAGAAGAUGGUGGUCUCCACUAUCUAUCUCUCAUGGGAUGAAUGGCUGGACCAGAUUGUCAGUAUCUCAGGUCCUCUUCUAUCUUUUUUUUCUACCCGCUUCUUAGGAGCUAAGAAGACACGCUGACAUUGGUGGCUGGGUAGGAACUCGGAUUACUGUUCACUAAAAUCUAUCAUCAUAUGACCGCCUUUUCCAGAACAAGAGCUCAGGAGGUACAGGCAGAGCCUUCAUAAAGCAUAGCAGGAGGUGUGAAGCUGGAAAAAACUGCCAGUGACCACAGAAACCUUUGCUCCAGCACAGAGACAGAUGAGGAUCAGAGAGAUCUGGCGUGGAGGGGACAGAGUCAGUGGGGAAAAGAGACCUCAUUUAUGACCAGAUUUUGGCAGUGGACAAUAGGGUGCAAGAGAUGCGAUCUAGGGGCUGUAGAUAUAGCUCAGUGGCACAGCAGCAGCCUGGCAAGUACAAGUUCAUGAGUUCUAUCCCCGGUACCAAAAAAAAAAAAGGAAAAAGAAAAAGAGAGAGACAGACAGAGGGAGAGACAGAUACAAAAAGACAGAGAGAUGGUCUGGCCAGGCAUAGUGGUGCACAUCUGUAAUCCCAGCACUUGGUAGGCUGAGGCAGGAGAAUGUCUGUGAGUUUGAGGUCAGCCUGGGCUACAUAAGUGAGUUCAAGGCCAGCCUUCACUACAUAGUGAGACUGUCUCAGAAAGAAAGAAUGAAUGAAUGAGAGAGACAGAGACAUACACUCUGUUACCAGUAGACAUGGGCAUGACAGUUGUCUAAUGACAGAAGAAUGCCUGUUAUUGCAAUUGUUGCUGAUGUUUCUGGUUCCCAUAGCUGCACUGCAGGUACUAAGGGUUGUUUCUUGUUUUUUUUUUUUUAUUUUUUUUGUUUUUUUGUACCAGGGAUCAAACUCAUGACCUCAUGCUUGCCAGGCAGGCACUUAUGCUGCUGAGCUAAAUCCCUGGCCCCUGAGUUUGUAUUUAAUGCUAGUCUUACUGUAUCCAACCUUUUAAAUGUUUUUCAAUGUCUUCUGACCUUUCCAAAGAAAAUGUAGACUCUUAGAUGAAUAUCACAGGGCUGGGUCUAUCUUCUUAAAAAUGGCACUGAAAGCAUAGAAGGGACUCAAGCACCCAAUCUAGGUCCCCAGUGUAGGGCUUUCUCAGCUUCAUGUUUUAUGGAAGAAUGAGCAGUGAGGGGAGGCUCCCCUAGGCUGCAGAGGGGUAAAAGAAAAAGUGACCAGCAAUUUGGGAGGCUGAGGUAAGAGAAUCACAGUUCCAGCUCCGCCUGGAUAAUACAGUGAGUUAGUAAAAACCCAUCUCAAAAGAAAAAUAUAAAAAUGGGCUAGGGAUGUAGCUCAGUGCAAAGGCCCUGGGUGUUCAAUCAGAGAUAGAGGGCAGAGACAGAGAGAUGGUAGGCCCAGUGGUUCCUGCCUAUAAUCCCAGGUACAUGGGAGGUUUAGAAAGGAUAAUAUUGCCACAGCCAGCCUGGGCCAUAUACUGAGACUUCCAGGAAAGGAAGAACUGGGGGGAUCUGGGAGGGAAGUUGUGUGAGUUCUCCACCUCAUGUCCCGUAGAAACUGAGAUGCAAAGGGGCAAAAUAACAGAGACCAAGGAAAAACUGUCACAGUAGAUAAACACAGGCAGAAAAUCAGAUCAAAGGGUUUAAAUGUCAGAAGACUAAAACUUGAGAAGCAAGGGCAUAGGAAAUAGGGCUUUUUUUUUUUUUAAACUGAAACUCACUGUGUUCCUGGGUCUGAUUGGGAGCUCCCUGGCUCCCAUGGUCCUCCUGCCUCAGUCUUCUGAAUAGCUGGGAAUACAGCUGCUUGCCAGGUAGAACUCUGUUAGACAAUUUAUCUUUGAUAGAAGUCUCUCUGUAUGUAUGUACGUGGCGAUGGAGAUGAACUGACAUUGAACUCUAGGCCCAGCCUUUUGUUUUGUUUUGUUUUGGUCUUUUUGAGACAGGGUCUCUAUGCAGUUCAGGCUGAUCUCAAGCUCACCUUGUAGCCCAGGCUGGUCUCGAACUUGCAAUGAUUCUCCUGCCUCAGCCUCCUGAGCACUAGGACUACAGCCAAUUGACACCAUGCCUGGCUCACUCCCUGCCCUUUUUAUUUUUAAUUUUGCUAGUGUCUCACUAAACUGCCAAAUCUGGUCUCUCUCUUGCUAUCCUCUUGCUUUAGCCACCCAAGAAGCUGAAAUUACAGGUGAGCACCACUGUGCCCAGCUCACUAUUUUAACUGAAUAUCUUGAUUGACAAAAAUAUUGUCUAUCUUGAGUUUGCAAAGAAGCAGUAGGGAAGUGCAGACCAAGAUGUCAGAGCAGUAAGCAGCAGAGAAAACAGCCUCUCUGAGAAUCACCAUCCAGAUGCUGGAAUACAGCAUCAUGAGGAAGACAAGAAGGAGGGCAGUGGGCCCCUGGAGCCAGGAAGACACUCAAGUGCAAAUUGAAGCCCACAGAGAAAGUGAAGAGAAUAACUUCAGCAGAGAAGGAGGUAGCCAGCAGCACCUUCUCCCUGAGAUGAGGCGCACUGUACAAGAGGAGUGGUUUGAGCCUGCAAACCCAUCGUGACGGUGAUACCUGGUGACCCCAGAGACCACUGCAGAGAGACACGGCAGUGGAGGGGAGCAGUGGACGAGGAGGACUGCACUGGCUGAGUGAGUGCAGAGGACUCAGUUCUCUGACAAGAGAAAGCAACUGGCCGGGAGCCAUCUUGGAGAUGGGCUGACUGAGCUCAGAACCCAGAACUCCUGCUGGUUCCCUCUAUCAGAUCUCAGCUGGGCUCAGACCUGCAGAAAUUGCUCAAGAGUGGUAAACCCAGUGUGUCUGAUUUCAGGGCAGGCCUGUUGAAAUUAUCCACUACCCUGACAAAAAGCUACUGCCAGCUUGCUGGGACAGAUCAGCAUGAUUUGGGACUCUGUCUCCACAGGCUGUCUACUAGUAGAAUCAGAGAGAAUCCUGGGGGUAGACUGUUUCUCUCUCUCUCUCUUUCUCUCUCUCUCUUUUGUUUUUUUCUCCUACUCCUACAUUGUUUUUUGAGUGUGAAUGUGGUUCUUAGCCUCUUUGUGGAGGUGGAGGUUCUGUUCUAUUCUUCCUUUGAUCUCUUCCAUCUCUCUUUUCCUUCAGUCUUCUGCACCAGUCUCCCAAAGCUGGUGUGAUUCCCCUUUGUCCUCCUUGCUUCUAAUCUCUUCCUCUUCUUCAAUUCUCUAUUUCCUCCUUAAUCCAUUUAAUUUUUUUUUUGUAUUGGAGAUCAAACUCAUGACCUCACAUGUGCCAAGCAAGCGCUUAUGCCGCUGAGCUAAAUCCCCGGCCCCCAAUCCAUUUUACAUUUUAACCUCCAAAGGUAAAACUGACACAUUAAAGACCUGUAUACUGUAUAUAA